GACAUUCGCGCAGCAAGCAGCCCGACCGAUGAUGGCUGUGGCUCGGCUGCUCCGCGUCGCCCUGGUGGUCCCGCUGUUCUUCCCGGGGCAGGCGAGAUAUUCGUCUGCCGUCUGCCCGUCGGACAGCAUGAUCCACCCGUGUUCGUGCACACGCGUGGCCCUCGGCAUCCGAGUGUUGUGCUCGAGCAUCGCAAACGAACACUACCUGAGGACCAUACUGGGGUACCUUAGCAGCUACAAGCUGAACGCACUCUCACUGGAGCACAUCAACUUCACCUUGACGCCGGACCUGUUCGACAGACUGCAAGUCAUCACGGUGAGGGUCAUGGAAUCGCAGUUUCGGAUGGAGAACCCCUUCGAGCUACGCGCCACAGGGGGCACGAGCCGCAUCGAAGCAUUGAACGUGAGGCAGUCGACGCUUGACCUGGGUGACAGCUCCUUGGCCAUCCUUCAGGGACUCAGGCAGGUCGACGUCGUCAACAGCGCCAUUAGAGUUCUAAGGAGGCGCUGGUUCAAUGGAAUGAGCCGGCUGAACCGGCUCGUAAUUGAGCACACCAAGAUGGGACGCUUGGAAGACCGAGCACUCGCAGGACUCAAUGAAGUGGAGAAGGUCGUCCUCAAGGCCAAUGAACUCAAGUCACUGCGCAGAAGUUACUUUCCUCAAUUGGCGGCGAGGCUGGCGCACCUGGACUUCAGGAACCCGCUUUAUAUAACGCAAGAAGGCCGCUGCAAGGACAUAAGGAUGUCAAAGCGCCAGCCCAGCGCGACUUCACGAAGUACAGAGCAGCGCACGCCAAAGAAUCAAAAUACAUUGCCAUGCAAUUUGGACAAGAAAACUAGAAUGUGGGUAUAUUGGUUGUACCAUUUGACUAAAUGUCAACGAAAUCAAAAUACAGUAUGUCACACCAAGAUGAAAAUUCUCACGUGUUCUAGGCAGUCAUCUUAACAUGGUAUACCUAUGUAAUGUCUCCGAUGGGAAAGUCAAAAUCAAGUAUUCUCUUUGGAGACAAACACAUAGUAGUAAGUGCCAUGGAAAUUUUAGAAAUGUGUUUUAAAAAAAGCUGAUUAGUUGUGAGAAAUGACUGCCUUUUGUCUUGCCUCUCAACAGAUAUGUCCACGUGAUAAAAAUAGUGGUAAAAUGAAAUUGCAUAUUUGCUUAGUGACAUGAUACAUACUUGCAAUGAGCAUGGUACCUGUAAAAAGCAACAGCUCAUGCUUGGUUAGGUGCUUAGAUAUAUUUAACGGCUUUAAUAGCUUACAUUCAGCAGCAUGUGAAUGCAAGCGUGCAAAUACAAACCACUGUGAUUCUGUAUUGUAAAUGCUGACAUGAAGCAGGCACAUUUUCAUGUCUUCCUUUUUAUCUAUUUUUUACACCUAAUUUAAGAAUUAUGGCUUUUAGGUUCCAGAAAAGGGAAGCAUUGGGGGAAGAGAAUCCAAUGUCUAAGAAGUCAUUAUCGUUUACGUGCAUACUCAUGAAACCAGUUCAUUAGAACUGCUUGUGCCUCCCAAAGCGAAAGCAAGGAGCAAUUAAGCCCUUUAACUGUGUACACUGUGGUGCACAACUUACGUCUUAGACGCCAGAGAAUCACUUGGAAUUGAAAAUUAUUUUUAAAAUGUAAAAUUGCGGUUUCUUCAAUCUACUUGCCAACAAAGUAUGCUAGUGGAGGCAGGGAUGCGUUCAAUGUAAAGAACUGAGAGCAUCUAAGUAGAACACUUGCUCAUCAAUUGGCGGAUGUGAACAUAUAGUGGUAAGCAAAAGCUCCUUAGUUUCAUGGCUUCUGUAGAAAUAAUUCUUCUGGACUUAAGACAGAGUGCACAGUGAGCUGAUGUAUUAAUCUUCCUAGACACAUACUUAUAUACUUGUUUUGGGACGAAGAUUCUGUAACUGCGAUAAUUUUUCUUACUUUAGCGCAUCUUAACCACUUCAGUAGGUUAAAAGCUUUGGUUUCAGGUAGCUGGUUCAUUGUGCAUAUGCAUUGUCGCAUGCAAAAUCCAUGUGCAUGGAAGGGAUAUAUGAAGCAAGAUGUUGCCAUUCUGAGUUUCUUUUGCUACUUUGUCUUUUUCGUGCACUUCCCUGCCUGACUUAUGCUUAUGCCACCUUUCAUGCAUCAUAUUCAUCCCAUCUGAUUUUUGGUUCACAUCUGAAGCCAUGCUAUACUUCAGUUAGAUUGCAUAUAAAGCGAGUCACAAUAAUUGAUCAUGUAAUUAUGCAAGCUGCUCCUUGGAAGUAUAGGAUUUUUACCGUAAUGGGAAUGAAAAGCUACCAUAUAUGACAAGAAAUUUGAUGCACAAGAUUUUAAUCUCAAUGCUCCUUGCAGUUUUAUACUCAUUUGCUACACACUGGAUAAUAUUGUAAAUUUAAUUUUAUUUAUUUGUCAGAAAGUGUAACGAAAUAAUUCCGACAGCACUAGGAAACUACUUUCGUGAGGAGGCCAACCGAAUAGGUAAUAUAAUACGCCUCUGUACCGGUUUGAGACCGGGCAGGAUAUUGCUGCAGAACCACGAUAAGAGACACUUAGAAACAAUGGGGUGCAGCCCAUACAUGAAUAACUUUAUGUAAAAUAUAAGCAAAGCGAGCUAGACCUGCUGCCUUACAUGAGAAUAUGCAACACAUUUCUAUAUGCACUGUACUCUCAGUCAGGAACAUCCAUAUGCAGUACAGGCUGUUAUCAAAUGAGCUGCUGUCUUCGAAUAUGGCACACAAAGAAGUUUCUUGCACAAUUUAUCUACAUUACCAGCCCCAUGCAUAGCACCUCAUCUGGUAACCUCUGCCAUGUAAGUGCACGCGUUUUGUGGCAGAAAUGCGUUUGCUGGCCAGUAAUGUGGCGUAUACUUCUCUUCGAUCACAGUGUCAAUACUUUGUGAGUUUGCACGGUUGUUCUGCUUAACUUUCAAUUGUAUACGUUAUUUUUGAAAAGAAGGAACCAAUUGAAAUUAAAACAUAUUUAGACACUGUAAUACUGAUGAAA